UGCUCAUGCUCAGUAACCUCUUGCCUGUGAUAAGGGGAGCACGUGCCUCUCGCUUUCGUUCCAUGUGUUCGGCCUAGCUCGCGCAAACGUUCGGAGAUUUACAGUGUGAUGUGCUUAUUCGUCGCCUUGGCCUGAGAGAGAGUCGAUUUUUGAAGAAACUGCAAGGAUGGCAGAAAAGGCGGGUGGAGGGUUCCUGAAGGAGUUUUCCCUGGACUUCUUCAAGCGUUCGUCGUCCGUGGAGAUCCUUACGCCCACGAACGGACAGCUCCUGGCGCGGCGUCCCAACAUCAGCACGAGCCACCUCCCGGAGCCGGUGACCAAGAGCCAGGCCAAGAGCGAGGCCGCGACCCAGCCGACCCCGCCAGACCGGCAGACGUCGGCGAGCACCGGGACCCUCGCCCUGUCGUCUAAGAACAACGCGCCGACGCAAAAUGGAACAGUUUCCCCUCGCAACCAACGGAGCUUAGAAAACGUGCGUCUCGGGGAGAAGCUUCCCAAACCCCCGAAGAAAAAGGGGGCGCAGCUCCCCCCGCUUCACAUGCCCCAGCGAAAUGCCCCGACGCCCCCCAACGCCACGCCCCAAGGCACGCCCAUCAUCGGCGAGAGGGGACACAUCUUCACCAUCUCCAGCGCCGUGCCUGACGACCCCAUCUCGAAGAAUCCUCCCAAGAGAGAAAGCGGCCCUGACCAGAACCCCUUCGAGAAGAGACGCCCUUCCCUAAAGACACCUGCGACGCCCCCGAAGGAGGAUGAUGAUGAGCCCGUCUGGCAGAGGAGACUGUCCCAGCUGUUUGUUCCGCCCAGAGAGGAUGAAUUCGACCACGAGAAAGAACUGCAGGAGACGACGUUCCUCCUGCCGAAGGACUCCCCGAAGCUAAAGCCCCGAAGGCCGGCCACGCCCACCGACGAGAUCCUCCCCAGUGACCACGCCCACAAGCCGUCCUCCGCCGCCCACGCCCACGCGGAGAAGAAGGGGAAGGGCGAAAGACAUGAUAAAGUGCCGGAGGGGAAGAUAAAUUUCAAGGACGAAAGGAAGAAAAGGAAGAAUAAGAAGAUAGAAGAGGACGACGCAGAUCGCCUCUCGGUGCUUGACAAGCUCGAGAGUGGCAGACAUGACAGCGACUUCGAAUCGUCCUCUUCGUCAUCGUCAUCCUCGUCAGAUUCCGAUAACGAUGAAGAAGCAGGUGGAGAUGACUACAUGUCGUGGGAUGACACGAUAUGCUCCAACCGCUCAGCUUAUUUCAAGAUGUAUUAUACCCAGCGAGGUGUGAUCGGCGCCCAGGCUGAUAACAAGUCCAAAGCAUCAAGAGCAUCGUCACAGAAUUCCCUCUCAUCACUCAUAAGAGAGAGGAUGGGGAAACCAGACACUCCAAAAUCCAAGACACGAGCAGACUUUGGUCUCAUGGUGCUUGUUGCGUUUCUCUUCAUUAUUAUAGUUGUUGGGAUUUCUCUCACAACGUACUUCUAUAACUUGCAUUUGCUGGAGUUGUCCAUCUUUAGCCAAAUCAAAUUUUUUGAAGCACCGAGAAUUCUUGAGAUAUACAACCCUGAUUGGAAGCCAGUUAUUAAGGCACAUUUAGGAACUCUGUUGCCCAAUAACUCAAUUCCUGAAGACUGCACCCAUUAUCUUCAUUAUCUGGAGAAACACAACAUAUCAGUCACUCCAGGUGGACUUCAAGAGGAAGAGGAGGAGUAUGAUGAUAUGGUAUGUCUUGACUGGACGGCACUGGCUCGUGUCCAGCUCCGAAAACUGCCUUCCGUAGAUGACGUGCAGUGUUACUCUGUGUGGUGGGUGGCAGCAAAGGAAGACUUCACCCUCAAAGACUGCCUGAAAGUUGGGGGAGAUCAAGGAGCAUGGUGGGGUGGAGGAGAGAUGUCAGAUGGGGGAUAUCCUGUUACUAAUGCAAAUGUCCCACCCACCCAGAUGGUCACAGGGAAAUUAGGCAGAGACUCCUGGGGGCAGCUCCUAAGGCGUACAUGGCUCUCUGAAUCCUCAUCACUCUUGUCCCUUCCAGAUAGUUUCAAGGGCCAUGUUUCUGUCAAUUAUGAAAAUGAUGGCCAGAUUUGCCUGGAGUCUCGGCCCCAACCUUCUCUCUCAUCUAGGUUUCCAGUUCUGAGGUACAGGCUGUGUACAGCCCAGAAUCUUUCAGCAUUAACUUACCAUCUUCAUAAUGAAGCUCUAGCUCAGAAGAAGACAGAUGUACAGCCUUUAAAACAUGUUGUCGCGAGGAAAACAGAAGUUAAAGAAGAAAACAUGACAGUGUCAGUAAAUGUUUCAUCCCCUAAAGAUCCACGAAUGGAAGAAGCAAAGGCCCGCGUCAAAGCAAGAAUAGAUCAUCCUGUCUGGAUUCCAUGGAUGUCUUCAGAUCAACCUCUGCUUACCCAAGAUACUGUCCUUCAGUAUGUUGACAAGGUUGUCAAUCUGACCUAUGGAUUUAAAGGUCAUGUUCUCCUUCCUUCAUCAUGGCAGUCACAGCCUGGUGACCUGGUAUUUGAUCCCAAGAGAUUUCCAGAUCCUGUUGCUAUGGCCAGGAAAAUUGAAGAAAAAGGUUUUAAAUUAGCUUUGACUAUUCAUCCAUUUGUGAGUGUCAAUGCUCCAACAUUUGAUAAGGGGACUCAGGAGGGCCUCUGGAUACGCCAACGUAUGUCAGAGCUCCCUGCACUCACAAACUAUGAGGACACCUAUCCAUCUGCUGUGACAGACUUUAGCAACCCAAGGGCUAAACACUGGUUCUCAGUGCAACUCAAAAAAUUGAAAAGGAUGUAUAAUAUUGACCGUUUCCACCUGAAGCCUGCAGAUUCCCAUGAUCUUCCAGCCUACCAUGAAUAUCACAUGCCCAUUCCUGGUCCAGACGCAAUACUGUCAUAUUUCCUGGAUUCUGUAAGUGCAGUGUCACCACCCAUCAGUACAGAAGGUGCUGUCAUGCCACCUGGUGCACCAACAUUCCUUACUCUUGGAAACUCUGAUGGGUCCUGGGAAGGGCUGGAGACACUAGUUCCAAGGGUGCUGACCCUAGCCAUGCUUGGAUUUCCCUUCAUUGAUGUGGGACCAAUAGGUGGAAUAGCAAGAAUGGGACACAUACCUGACAGGGAACUUUACAUUCGGUGGAUGGAAGUAGCAACGUUUCUUCCAGCAAUGCAGAUAUGUGUACUGCCUGACAAGUAUGGCACAGAGAUGGCAGCCCUUGCAGAGAAAUACACCAAACUUCGGAAGACCGUUGUCUUACCACGUCUAAGGAAAAAGAUACCAGACGCUCUCGAAAAGGGGACCCCUCUCGUCACCCCCUUGGCCCUGUUUUCACCCAAUGAUCCAGUUGCGGCACAGGUUUCAGAUGAGUGGAUCUUGGGGACUGAUCUGUUGGUUGCCCCCAUCACGAACAGAACUCAAAGGUCUCGGAACAUUUAUCUUCCAGCGGGCAUUUGGAAGGACGAGAUCGAUGGGCACUUGCUCCGAGGUGGGCGAUGGAUCAAAGAUUACAAGAUUCCCCUAACGAAAAUUGCGUACUUCACGUUCAAGUCCUUGCACAAUGACCCAGCGUGAGAGGCAAGACUUUAGUGUAAAUACAGAAAAAGUAUUGAAAGUGAUGACUGAAAAUACUAACAUUUUUUUUUUUUUUUUCAUGCUGUCUUUCCUUUAGGUUAGAAGGAGAGAAACUGUGCCUUACUGAGCAAUAACAAGCAAUAGAAACAAUUUCUUAACAGAUCAACAGUUUUAUUACCUUGCAAGUUAAUGUUAGCAUUUGCUAAUAGUUCAGCUAUACAGUGAGUGUAUGGGAAAUUGUAUCAACCUUGUUUGUUGUGAUAAAAGGUAGUAUCUUUUCAGUUUAUUUAAUUCUGCUAUUAAAGUAUUCUACCACUUAUAUAUAUAUACUUAUAUGGUAGAAGCGAGUUAAAUACAUUCUGAUAACUCUAACUAGAAACUAAUUUAUAACUUGGAUCUGUUGCUUUACAGAUUAAGAUCGGAAUGUCAUACACAAUGUGUGUUCCAUUUUUGUAUAUUAGGUGCUACAACUAUUAUUCUGAGAUUAAAAAGACUUAAUGUAUAUAGUUAUAAUUCUAAAAGUUCAUGUAUAUAGAUUAUGAUAUUUAUACUUACAUGAGAUACAAAUGCAAUCGUGGUUUUCACCAGUGGAAUACUAUGAUUUUAUGCUGAAAUCUGUCAGGGUUGUGAUAGUUAACAUGUGUUGUAUGUCAUGCAUUCUUGUACAGAGUAGACAAUUUUUGCUAAUAAUCUGUCCAGAGUGUAGAAUUGUUGAAGGUAAUGAUCAAAGUAAAAGCUGUAAAAGAGUGUGUGAAAGCAUAGAGACAAUAGUAGAAAUAUUUGAAAGUCUUGCAUCCAGGUUAAAUAGAUCAGUUUGUACUAGUAAUUAUGGAAUGUUGGGUUAUAUUUCCUUGACGUAUGUGGUGCUGAAUUUUUAUCGGAAAUCGAAACUGUGAAUGCUUACAGUGUCCUUAUGAGUAUGUGAUAAAUUUAUGUUAAAAUACAAUUAAUUUAUAUGUGUUGUUAGGUUUUCUUGCCUAUAUGUAUAAACAAAUAAUGAUAAAAGAAAUAUGUAAGUAUUUAUCUGAGCAUAAAUAAGAUUACAAACAUACAGGUACUGUUGUACAAGAGAUAAAUGAGAUACAACUGUAGGGUUGAUAUUUUUAUACAAGUUCAAAAUUAGAAAGAUUUGUCAUAGGAAGGGUAUACCAGUACAUAAUACAAUCAGUGUGUCAGUAGAUCAGGAAGUAUUUGUAUGGGUCUUUGCUUAGGAAACUAUCAAAUUAAGUGCUUAACUUAUAUUUAAAUCUCUCAUACUUAAUUUUUGAUGAGAACCUUUUAUUAUGAACAAUGAAACUUUCUUUUUUGUCUUCUUCUUGUAUACUUGCAAUACAAUGGGAAAGAUAUUUAUGAAAUAUUUUUCGUAAUUAUAUAAUACUCUGUUUAUUUAUAUUAUAUUUUUCAUAAGUAUAUAAUUCUCUGUUUAUUUAUAUAUCUUUUCAUACAAUCUACAUUAAAAUAUGAAAAAGAUAUAUGAAAUAUUUUUCAUAAGUAUAUAAAUACUCUGUUUAUUUAUAUAUUUUUUCAUACAACCUAUCUCCAGAUAUUUAGAAAAUAUAGUGAGAAUUGCCUUAAACCUAUCUCCAGAUAUGUUAGAAAAUAUAGUGAGUAUUGCCUUAAACUGAAUAUCAGGGAAUGUCUUUCAUUAAGGUUUCUUGCAUGCGCUCUGAUAGAUGAUUUUUCUAAAAAUAUUUGUUAAACUAUUAACUGUGAAUUAUAUGUCGGGUAGUAGUGGGAAAUGGAAGACUGUUGUAAAAGGUAUAAUUAGAGCAAGAAAUCUUAAUAGAGAUAGCUUGCUUAACACCCCCCCCCCCCCCUCCACACAAACACACGCACACACACUCACACGCACACUCAUCAGCACACGCACACUCAUACUCAUACGCACACGCACACUCACAUGCACCCGUAC